AUGGGGGUAUUAUGGCUGGCCAGGUUCAUGCUGGGAUGUACAGCGGUUUUGUAUGUGGAACAAACCCAGGGUCAAUAUGAAGGGGACUUGCAGACAGACAGAUUUGCAGGCUAUGAGGAAAGACAGCCAGCAAACAGAGUGAGAAGAAGAGGCCAAGACACUUUACGAGGACCUAAUGUCUGUGGCUCGAGGUUCCACUCCUACUGCUGCCCUGGCUGGAAGACGCUGCCCGGAGGGAACCAGUGCAUUGUCCCAAUUUGCAGGAAUUCUUGUGGUGAUGGAUUUUGUUCGAGGCCAAACAUGUGUACGUGCUCCAAUGGACAACUUUCUCCUAACUGUGGCUCAGCUGGAGUCCAAACCUGCAAUGUGAGGUGCAUGAAUGGUGGAAGCUGCAAUGAGGAAUCUUGCCUCUGCCAGAAAGGUUAUACCGGAACAUACUGUGGACAACCCGUCUGUGAAAACGGCUGUCAGAAUGGAGGUCGUUGCAUUGGACCAAACCGUUGUGCUUGUGUCUAUGGAUUCACUGGCCCCCAGUGUGAGAGAGACUAUCGUACUGGUCCCUGCUUUAGCCAAGUAAAUAACCAGAUGUGCCAGGGCCAGCUCAGUGGGAUCGUCUGUACCAAGACCAUGUGUUGUGCCACCAUUGGACGGGCCUGGGGUCACCCAUGUGAGAUGUGCCCUGCCCAACCUCAUCCCUGCCGCCGAGGUUUCAUUCCCAACAUUCGCACUGGAGCCUGCCAAGAUGUGGAUGAAUGUCAAGCCAUUCCUGGCCUCUGUCAGGGAGGUAACUGCAUCAACACAGUAGGUUCUUAUGAGUGCAAAUGCCCUGCAGGACACAAGCAGAGUGAGACCAGCCACAGAUGUGAAGAUGUGGAUGAGUGUGGAGCAGUCUCCAGCGUGUGUGAUGGUGGUGAGUGUACCAACACAGCAGGCAGCUACGUGUGCACAUGUCCGCGUGGUUUCAUGACAAGCCCAGAUGGAUCCCGCUGCAUUGACCAGCGGAUUGGGACAUGUUUCUCUGCUCUGAUCGGGGGCCGCUGUGCUGGGGACCUCCCUGGCCAGUACACAAAGAUGCAGUGUUGCUGUGACUCGGGGCGUUGCUGGGCCAUCGGUCAGACUCCAGAAAUGUGCCCUGUCCGUGGAUCUGAUGAGUACCGCAGGCUUUGCAUUGAAGGACUCCCAGUCGUGCCAGGGUUCCCUGGGAGCUUUCCAGGAAUUCCUGGAUUUGGGCCCAAUGGAGUUGGGCCGGGACUCAACGGACCUGGAGGCAUCGGACCAAAUGGGGCAAAUGGACAAGGCGGGAUCCCAGGUCUGCCUGGAAUGGGCCCAGGAAGUUCAAGCAUUGGAACUGCCACUUUAAAUCAGACCAUUGACAUCUGCAAGCAUUUCACUAACCUCUGCCUGAACGGACGCUGCAUCCCCACCCCAUCCAGCUACCGCUGUGAGUGCAACAUGGGGUACAAGCAAGAUGUGCGUGGAGAAUGCAUUGAUGUGGAUGAGUGUUCCAGCAGCCCCUGUGUGCACGGUGAUUGUGUGAACACACCUGGCUCCUAUCACUGCAAGUGCCAUGAAGGCUUCCAGAGCACCCCUACAAAGCAGGCUUGCAUCGAUAUUGAUGAGUGCAUCAUGAAUGGAGUGAUGUGCAGGAAUGGACGCUGUGUUAAUACUGAUGGCAGCUUUCAGUGUAUCUGCAAUGCUGGCUUUGAAAUCACCCCUGAUGGCAAGAACUGCGUUGAUCACGAUGAAUGUGCCACAACCAAUAUGUGCCUCAAUGGGAUGUGUAUCAAUGAAGAUGGCAGCUUCAAAUGUAUCUGCAAGCCAGGUUUUGUGCUGGCUCCCAACGGACGCUACUGUGUCGACAUCGACGAGUGUGAGACACCAGGAAUCUGUAUGAAUGGCUGGUGCAUAAACACAGAGGGCUCCUUCCGAUGUGAAUGCCUUGGAGGCCUGGCUAUCGGGGUGGAUGGACGAGUCUGUGUGGACACCCACAUGCGCAGCACCUGUUACGGAGGCAUUAAAAAGGGCACGUGUGCACGGCCCUUUCCAGGAGCAGUCACGAAGUCCGAGUGCUGCUGUGCUAACCCAGAUCAUGGUUUUGGAGAGCCCUGCCAACCCUGUCCUGCCAAAAACUCUGCUGAAUUCCAGGCACUCUGCAGCAGCGGCAUUGGAAUAACAGCUGAUGGCAGAGACAUCAAUGAAUGUGCCCUUAACCCAGACAUCUGCCCCAACGGCAUGUGUGAGAACCUGCGUGGGAGCUACCGCUGCAUCUGCAACCUGGGCUAUGAGUCAGAUCCCACGGGCAAGAACUGUGUGGAUGUUGAUGAAUGUACUGUCAAUCGUUUGCUGUGUGACAACGGACUGUGCCGCAACACACCUGGCAGCUACACCUGCACCUGCCCAAAGGGCUUUGUCUUCAGGACUGAGACAGACACCUGUGAAGAUAUCAAUGAGUGCACCUCUAACCCUUGCGUGAACGGUGUCUGCAGGAACAAUGCUGGCUCCUUUGCUUGUGAAUGCUCCCCAGGCAGCAAGCUGGACCCCAGUGGCACCAUCUGUGUGGACAGCAUGAAAGGGACAUGCUGGCUGAACAUCCAGGAUGGACGUUGUGAGGUGAACAUCAACGGGGCCACAUUGAAAUCAGAGUGCUGUGCAACACUGGGAGCAGCAUGGGGCAGCCCCUGUGAGCGCUGUGAGAUUGAUACUGCCUGUCCCCGGGGCUAUGCCAGGAUGAAGGGGGUCACAUGUGAAGAUGUAAAUGAGUGUGAAGUGUUCCCUGGCGUCUGUCCAAACGGCCGCUGUGUAAACACCGCCGGGUCCUUUCGGUGUGAGUGUCCAGAAGGGCUGACCCUCGACGGCACCGCUAGGACAUGUGUGGAUGUGCGUGUGGAACAGUGCUACAUGAAGUGGGAUGAAGAUGAGUGCACAGAGCCUCUGCCGGGCAAGUACCGGAUUGACAUGUGCUGCUGCUCUGUGGGCUCAGCCUGGGGCAUCGACUGUGAAGAAUGUCCCAAGAUCGGCUCUAACGAGUACAAGGCCAUCUGCCCAAGGGGACCUGGCUUUGCCAACCGAGGAGAUGUGCUUUCUGGCAGGCCCUUCUACAAAGAUGUGAAUGAAUGUAAGGUCUUCUCUGGCCUGUGCACUCAUGGGACCUGUCGGAACACCAUCGGCAGUUUCAGAUGUCUCUGUGGCAGUGGCUUUGCUCUGGAUGCUGAGGAAAGGAACUGUACAGAUAUCGACGAGUGCCGCAUCUCACCAGACCUGUGUGGCCAUGGCACCUGUGUCAACACGCCGGGCAGCUUCGAGUGUGAGUGCUUUGAAGGCUACGAGAGCGGCUUCAUGAUGAUGAAGAACUGCAUGGAUAUCAACGAGUGCGAGCAGGACCCACUGCUGUGCCGAGGCGGGAUCUGCAUGAACACAGAUGGCAGCUUUGAAUGUAUCUGCCCGCCUGGACACGAGCUGACUUCUGAAGGGAACAUUUGUGUAGAUAUCAAUGAGUGCUCCCUCAGUGACAACCUGUGUCGCAAUGGACGCUGUGUCAAUAUCAUCGGUACCUACCAGUGUGCUUGUGAUUCGGGCUUCCAGGCCACACCAGACAGACAGGGCUGUGUCGACAUUGAUGAGUGCACCAUAACCAACGGUGGCUGUGACACGCACUGCUCCAACUCGGAGGGCAGCUAUGAGUGCAGCUGCAGUGAAGGCUAUGCACUGAUGCCAGACAAGAGAUCAUGUGCAGAUAUUGAUGAAUGUGAGGAUAAUCCAGACAUCUGUGAUGGUGGGCAGUGUACUAACAUCCCUGGGGAGUAUCGCUGCCUCUGCUUCGAUGGCUUCAUGGCAUCCUUGGACAUGAAGACUUGUAUUGAUGUGAAUGAAUGUGAUCUCAACCCUAACAUCUGCCUGCACGGCGAGUGUGAAAACACAAAGGGCUCCUUCAUCUGCCACUGCCAGCUAGGCUACUUCGUCAAGAAGGGAACCACAGGCUGCACAGACAUUGAUGAAUGUGAGAUUGGGGCUCACAACUGCGACAUGCAUGCCUCCUGCAUCAAUGUGCCUGGGAGCUUCAAGUGCAAGUGUCGCACAGGCUGGCUUGGAGAUGGGCUGAAGUGCAAUGACCUGGAUGAGUGUGCAACUGAAGAGCACAAGUGCAACCUGAACGCCAACUGCAUCAACACACCAGGGUCCUACCGCUGUGCCUGCCGAGAAGGCUUCAAUGGGGAUGGCUUCUCCUGCACAGAUGUGGAUGAAUGUGCGGACAAUGUGAACCUGUGUGAGAACGGUCAGUGUCUCAAUGCACCUGGGGGUUAUCGCUGCGAGUGCGAAAUGGGCUUCAAUCCCACAGAGGACAGCAAGGCCUGCCAGGAUAUUGAUGAAUGCACUUUCCAGAAUAUCUGUGUCUUUGGGACCUGCCAGAACCUGCCUGGGAUGUUCCGUUGUGCCUGUGAUGAUGGCUAUGAACUGGACAGGAGUGGAGGCAACUGCACAGACAUCAAUGAAUGUGCAGACCCUGUGAACUGUAUCAAUGGCCUGUGCGUCAACACCCCUGGCAGCUACCUGUGCAACUGUCCGCAAGACUUCGAGUUGAACCCCACUGGUGUGGGCUGUGUGGAUACCCGUGUUGGAAACUGCUUCCUGGACACCCAAGAUCGAGGAGAUGGGGGGAUCUCCUGCAGUGCAGAAAUUGGAGUUGGUGUCACCCGGGCAUCUUGCUGCUGCUCACUGGGUCGUGCAUGGGGUAACCCCUGUGAGCUUUGUCCUCCAGCCAACACAACUGAGUACAAGACCCUGUGCCCUGGAGGAGAAGGUUUCCGGCCCAACCCCAUCACUGUCAUCCUGGAAGAUAUCGAUGAGUGCCAGGAGCUGCCGGGCCUCUGCCAGGGUGGCAACUGUGUGAACACUUUUGGCAGCUUCCAGUGUGAGUGCCCCCUCGGCUACUACCUCAAUGAGGACACACGCAUCUGUGAAGAUAUUGAUGAGUGCUCUGCUCACAUUGGGAUCUGUGGCCCUGGGACCUGCUACAACACCCUUGGCAACUACACCUGUGUGUGCCCCCCUGAGUACAUGCAAGUCAACGGAGGAAAUAACUGCAUGGACAUGAGGAAGAGUGUGUGCUAUCGCAACUACAAUGAUACAUGUGAGAAUGAGCUGUCCUUCAACAUGACCAAGAAGAUGUGCUGCUGCUCCUACAACAUUGGCAAGGCCUGGAACAAGCCGUGUGAGCCCUGCCCCACGCCAGCCAGCUCUGAGUACCAGAUCCUGUGUGGGAACCAGGCCCCUGGCUUUAUCAUCGACAUCCACACAGGGAAGCCCAUCGAUAUUGAUGAGUGCAGUGAGAUCCCUGCUAUCUGCACAAAUGGUGUCUGCAUCAAUCAAAUUGGCAGCUUCCGAUGCGAGUGCCCCAUUGGAUUCAGCUACAACAACAUCCUGCUCAUCUGUGAAGACAUUGAUGAAUGCAGCAGUGGGGAGAACCUCUGCCAGCGCAAUGCUGACUGCAUCAACAUCCCCGGCAGUUACAGGUGCGAAUGCUCAACCGGAUACAAGCUGUCGCCGAGCGGAGCCUGCGUGGGUCGCAAUGAAUGCCAGGAGAUUCCCAAUGUCUGCAGCCAUGGGGACUGCGUUGACACCGAGGGCAGCUACAUCUGCAUCUGUCAUAACGGCUUCAAGGCCACCGGGGAGCAGACCAUGUGCAUGGAUAUUGAUGAAUGUGACCGGCAACCUUGUGGAAAUGGGACCUGCAAGAACACGGUUGGCUCCUACAACUGCCUUUGCUUCCCUGGCUUUGAGCUAACACACAAUAAUGACUGCAUGGACAUUGAUGAGUGUUCCUCCCUGGUGGGGCAGGUAUGUCGAAAUGGCCAGUGCAUCAAUAGCAUCGGCUCCUUCCAGUGCCUGUGCCAAGAGGGUUAUGACCGGACCCCUGAUGGGAAGAACUGUGUAGACAUCAAUGAGUGCGUGAGCCUGCCUGGGACCUGCUCCCCCGGCACCUGCCAGAACCUGGAGGGCUCCUUCCGCUGUAUUUGCCCCCCUGGGUAUGAAGUACAGAACGACAACUGCAUUGAUAUCAACGAAUGUGAGGAGGAGCCCAACAUCUGCCUCUUCGGGACGUGCACCAAUACUCCUGGCAGCUUCCAGUGUGUCUGCCCUCCUGGCUUUGUGCUGUCUGAUAACGGACGACGGUGCUUUGACACUCGCCAGAGCUUCUGCUUCACUCGUUUUGACAAUGGGAAGUGCUCUGUCCCGAAGGCCUUCAACACCACCAAGGCUCGGUGUUGCUGCAGCAAGAUGCCAGGAGAAGGCUGGGGAGACCCGUGUGAGCUCUGCCCACAGGAAGGGAAUGUUGCCUUCCAGGAGCUGUGUCCUUAUGGUCAUGGAGCCAUCCCAGGCCCAGGUGACACCCGAGAAGAUGUGAAUGAAUGCUCAGAGAACCUGGGUGUCUGCAUAAAUGGGGCCUGCAUUAACACUGACGGCUCCUUCCGCUGCGAGUGCCCCUUUGGGUACAACCUGGAUUACACAGGAGUCAAUUGUGUAGAUACAGAUGAAUGCUCCAUUGGCAACCCUUGUGGGAAUGGUACCUGCACCAACGUGGUGGGAGGCUUCGAGUGUGCUUGUGACGAGGGCUUUGAGCCAGGUCCCAUGAUGACAUGCGAAGAUAUUAACGAAUGUGCACUGAAUCCCCUGCUCUGUGCCUUCCGCUGCAUCAACACCUUUGGCUCCUACGAGUGCACUUGUCCAUCUGGAUACGCCCUCCGAGAAGACAGAAGGAUGUGCAGAGAUCUGGAUGAGUGUGUAGAGGGUCUGCACGACUGUGAGUCUCGAGGAAUGCUGUGCAAGAAUCUCAUUGGCACCUUCAUGUGCAUCUGCCCACCAGGAAUGCAACGCAGGCCUGACGGAGAUGGCUGCACAGAUGAGAACGAAUGUCGCACCAAGCCUGGAAUCUGCCCCAACGGCCGCUGCAUCAACACAGUGGGAAGUUACCGCUGUGAUUGCAAUGAAGGCUUUGAAGUCAGCCCCUCUGGCACAGAGUGUAUCGACACCCGCCAGGGAUUCUGCUUCACCGAAGUGCUGCAAACCAUGUGCCAGAUGUCCUCCACCAACCGUAACCUGGUCACCAAAUCUGAGUGCUGCUGCAACAGUGGGCGCAGCUGGGGCCCCCAGUGUGAGCUCUGCCCCCUUCCUGGAACUGCCCAGUACAAGAAAAUGUGUCCUCAUGGUCCAGGGUACUCUACCGAUGGGAGAGACAUCGAUGAGUGCAAGGUACUGCCCAACCUCUGCAAGAAUGGGCAGUGCAUCAACAGCAUCGGUUCCUUCCGCUGCCACUGCAGGCUGGGCUACACCGCAGACAUCACAGGCACAGCCUGUGUGGAUCUGGAUGAAUGUAACCAGUCCCCUAAGCCAUGUAACUUCAUCUGCAAGAACACAGAGGGCAGCUACCAGUGCUCGUGUCCCCGAGGGUAUAUUCUACAAGAAGAUGGGAAGAUCUGCAAAGAUUUGGAUGAGUGUUCCACCAAGCAGCACAACUGCCAGUUCCUGUGUGUGAACAUUAUUGGAGGAUUCAACUGCAAAUGUCCCCCAGGCUUCACUCAGCACCACUCAUCCUGCAUUGACAAUAAUGAGUGCACAGCUCAGCCCUCUCUGUGUGGAGCCAAAGGACAGUGUCUGAACACCCCAGGGAGCUACAACUGCGAGUGUCAGAAAGGAUUCUCCCUGGACAGCUCUGGUGUCAACUGUGAAGAUGUGGAUGAGUGCGAUGGAAACCAUCGGUGCCAGCAUGGCUGCCAGAAUGUGCUCGGAGGCUACCGCUGUGGCUGUCCCCAGGGCUACGUGCAGCACUACCAGUGGAAUCAGUGCGUGGAUGAAAACGAGUGUUCCAGCCCCACUGCCUGUGGCUCUGCCUCCUGCUACAACACUCUGGGAAGCUUCAAGUGUGUCUGUCCAUCCGGCUUCGAUUUUGACCAGGCCUUCGGGGGGUGCCAGGAUGUGGAUGAAUGCUCAGUAGGUGGCAGCCCCUGCAGUUACGGCUGCUCCAACACAGACGGAGGCUAUCUCUGUGGAUGUCCUGGAGGCUACUUCCGAGCAGGACAAGGACACUGUAUUUCUGGCUUGGGUUUUGGGAAAGGUACCUACCUUCCUGCCCCCCAGGAAGAGGAUGAAGACAAUCUGCUCUCCCCUGAGACCUGCUAUGAGUGCAAGAUAAAUGGCUACCCCAAGAGGGGUCGCCAGCGACGCAGCAUCAAUGGCACUGAGAGGCACCAGGAUCACACUGUGAACUUGGCCAGCAUGGAUGUGGAUGCUCCUCUGUCCAUGACGCUGAACCUCUCCGACCUGGCUCACAAGGAGCACAUCUUGGAGCUUCUGCCAGCUGUGGAGCCCCUGGAGAACCGUGUGCGGUACCUCAUCUCCCAUGGGAAUGAGGAUGGCUACUUCCGCAUCCACCAAAAAGAGGGGCUCAGCUACCUGCACCUGGGCCGCAAGAAAAUAGUGCCUGGCACCUACUUGCUAGAAAUCGUGAGUGUACCCCUGUACCGCAAGAGGGAACUGCAGAAACUAGAGGCCAAGAACCACCUCAACUACUUAGCAGGGGAGCUGGGCCAAGCACUGAGGAUGAAGCUCGAGCUCCAGCUCUACUAA